GGAUCGCCAUGCCAACGCUGCCAAAAUCGAAGGAUUAAAUGCUCUUAUCGAAGACAACAUAGAGGCCCCGUAAGGUCACGGACUACCGGUCGCUUCAGGGCACUCUUGCCACGGUCCAAUGAUCAACUCGUAUCUGUUGCAGCCUCCGGAAGGGACGCUCCUUUACACACAAGAUCCAUGACUUUUGGUGUGGAAGCAAACCAAUCCAAAAGCGAAGUCGGCCCAAAACGCCCAGACCAAGGAUAUCAACCCGUCCCAGGACCGCAAGCGGUUGACCACUCGAAACCCUUCUUAUCACGAACCAUCGGUCACUUGGCAGCCGAUAUAGCCUCCGAAGAGGGCGCCGCACUGCAUCCAGAAUUCGAGUCUGGAUGUAGAAUGAUCCAUUGGGUGGUAUUCCAACGAUUUACCCCGAGCGGAUUGGCUUACAAUGGUUUGAAGGAAGACUAUUGUGUGCCCCUCCAUCUUGUAGAUGGUUUUGGUGACUCGAUGCUUCAAGCUAUGAAGAAUUCACGCCGCAUGCUUCCGGAGCCAGGUUACAAUCAAGACUAUCAGGUUGCUCUGAUGAUGGCAUUCCCAGCGUUCGUCAUUCGGAUCCAUUACGUCGCUUAUUUGAAUUCCCGGCCUUUAAAUCCCUUUUUGUAUUUAUGCGACUCGGACUUCUACUCCAAAGCCAAUGCCCCUCUCACUUAUCAUUGCUCAGAGUAA